AUGACACCGGAAAUAAAUGCUACACCACCAUCAGUUUCGUGGGCACAGAGGAGUGCUCAUGUAUUUUUGACAUUUAAUGUAGAAUGUGAGAAACCAGAUAUUGUAAUUGCUAAAAAAAAUGUGUCUUUUGAAGGCACUUGCACGCCGGAUCAGAAGUUACAUAAGGUUUUCAUACCAUUAUACUCGGAAAUAGACCCAGACAAAAGUUCAUACACAAACAAAGGAAGGUUAAUCGAAGUAGUUUUGGCAAAAGCAAAAACUGAUGAAGCUUUUUGGCCUGCCUUAACCAGUGAUAAAAAGAAACAUCAUUGGCUCAAGGUGGACUUCAACCGUUGGCAAGAUGAGGAUGAGAGUGGAGAUGAGUUUGAUGACAUGAAUGACAUGUUCUCCAGCAAGUUACCAAACUUUGGUGAUGAAAACGACAAAGGGGCCAGCAGCUCGUCUGAUGAAGAUGAUCUGCCAGAUAUAGAAUAA